GCUCAUUACUUCCUGUAUCAUCAGUUCUCCUGUGGGGAGAAAAAGCACAACGGAUACACUCGGCUGUCUGGUGUCAGGAAAUAUAUUUAAAACCUUUUGCUUGUGUGGGUUCGUUGGCGGCGAAGUCGCGUUCAACCGUUGUUCCGCUUCGAGGAGAAUGCCCUCGCGAACGGCCUGCUAGCUGUUCGGCCUGCUUGUGUCCUUUUUCACCAUCUUUUUUCCCCAUCAGCGGCCAGAGCUGGUGACACGUGACGUCAUCAUGUCAAAAUACACCAGCUUUCCCGACCCCAUGGAAGACCAGAACCCUUUCCAGGACCCAGCAGUGACCCAACACAGCAGCAACACGGAAUAUGCCACACUGGAUCUGUACAAUCCCUUCGAAGGCACAGCCGAGCCUCCACCUCCUUAUGAAGCCACCUCUCCCUCUGUUCCAUCAAUGCCUGCACAGACCCCACCCAGCCGUACCACGCCUACUCAGCCGAACAACUAUGGCUCCUAUAACACUCACAACUCCCAGCCUGCAGUCAAUGCAACCACGACAGAGCUGAUGAAAAAGCAGGAGGAGCUCGAAAGGAAAGCUCGGGAGCUGGAGAGAAGAGAGCGCGAGCUUCAGUCACACAGCCUGGGGUCUGGAGCAUCCCGUCAGAAUAAUUGGCCUCCGCUGCCUUCAUUCUGCCCGGUUGGCCCCUGCUUUUACCAGGACAUCAACGUGGAGAUCAGCCAGCGCUUUCAGCGUAUCGUUACCCUCAUGUACUACUUCUGGAUGUUCAGCACUUGCACUUUGGCCUUCAACCUGAUCUCUUCGCUGGCCAUGUUUUGCAUCGACACUUCUGUAGGUGUUGGUUUUGGUCUCGCCAUUCUCUGGGCCCUCCUCUUCACACCCUGCUCCUUCCUCUGCUGGUAUCGGCCUGCAUACAAAGCCUUCAGGAGUGACAGUUCCUUCAACUUCUUCAUCUUCUUCUUUAUUUUCUUUGCCCAAGUGGUCGUUUACAUCAUCAUGACCAUCGGCAUCCCUGGAUGGGGGUUCAGCGGCUGGAUCGUCAGCUUGGCUGCGCUUAAACAAAGCAUCCCUGUUGGUGCGAUCAUGAUGAUGAAUGCCAUCCUUUUUACUGCCCAGGCCGCCGUUGGAGUGUUCAUGCUGAAGAAGGUCCAUGGCAUGUACCGGCAGACUGAUGCCAGUUUUCAGAAGGCCCAGGCCGAGUUUGCCACUGGAGUCAUGUCUAAUCAGGCUGUCCGCCAAGCUGCUGCCAGCGCCGCUACUAAUGCCGCUCAGGGGGCCUUCACCGCAUCUCGCUGAUAAGGAGACAGAAUAGUUCUGGGUGGGUAUGUAGGAAGGAGGGGAGGUGAGGUUGCCUUUUGUGUAACACAAGAUCAUUUGGAUAUUGUAGUUGGAUUGGGAUUAGAUGUUAGUGGGUGAGAAACCUGAGUUUCUGUAUUUACCCCAAAGGAAACCAAACAACCAGUGCAUGAGGCCAUGAUGUUUUGUAAGUUGUAAAUAUUAUGUGUGGAAGUGUCAAAUCAGGACUCAACAUAUACUGUAAGUGUUCAUGUAUAUUCAGAGGAAAGAUAAGAGCUGUAUUGAAUUUAAGACCGUCAUUUCAUGUUUAAGUGGAGCAGAACUAGCAUGGAAAGCGUUCAUCUUUCAUGAUGUAGUGGUUGAACCCAUCAAGCUUCAGACAAACUUCUUUACGAGGUCACUAACCUUAUUUUAUUGGCUCGUUCUCUACCAAAUGCGCUUCUUUUGUUGUCUCUUAAACUAACAACUCUGAAUGAGAACGCCUAUUUAUGUUAAAAAGCUCACACUGUACAAGAUGCGUUGUCUGUUCUUUUGGUGCUUCUUGUGUUGUUAUGAUUCGCCGUUGUUUUAAUACAAAUAUACUGUCAUGCAAUUAUC